GCCACGGUCGGUGAUGCCGAGCCGGGUGAGUGGAGUGUGAGAGAGUCUCACGGAGGGAAUCCGAGAGAAUGUGGGGCCAGCAACAUGGAAAGGGAAGGUGGGAAGCCUGCGGCUGUUGUCGCGGUUGUGACUGAGCCUCGGUUUACCCAGCGAUACAGGGAAUAUCUCGAGAAGCAGAAACUCCUGGAUAGACGGCACCGUGUAGAAAAGAUGCCGGAUGGCACGGUGGCGCUGCCCGUGCUGGGAGAGACUCUCCCUGAGCAGCACCUUCAAGAGCUGAGGGAUCGUGUGGCUCCAGGCAGCACCUGUAUAGUAACGCAGCUCCUGGAUCCAGUUCCCUCAAAGAAGGCCCAAGGUUGUUCACCUGCCCAAAGGCUGUGUCUUGAAGUGAGUCGCUGGGUAGAGGGCCGGGGAGUGACGUGGUCACCUGAGUUGGAGGCUGAUUUGCCCAGAUCUUGGCAACGACAUGGUGACCUCUUGUUGCUGAGCGAGGACUGUUUCCAAGCCAAGCGAUGGAAAAAUCUGGAACCAGAACUCUGGGAGACUGUUGCGUCUGCACUUGGCGUCCAUCGUGUGGCCAAACGAGGGCGGGUAUCACCAGAUGGCACUCGAACACCAGCAGUGACUCUGCUGCUGGGCGACCAUGGCUGGGUAGAGCACGUGGAUAAUGGGAUCCGAUAUAAGUUUGACGUGACCCAGUGCAUGUUCUCCUUCGGAAACAUCACUGAGAAGCUUCGAGUGGCAUCGUUGCCCUGUGUUGGAGAAGUGCUGGUGGAUCUCUAUGCAGGGAUUGGUUAUUUUACAUUGCCCUUCCUAGUCCAUGCUGGUGCUACCUUCGUCCAUGCCUGUGAGUGGAACCCCCAUGCUGUAGUUGCUCUGAGAAAGAACCUUGAUAUCAAUGGAGUGGCAGAUCGGUGCCAAAUACACUUUGGGGAUAACAGAAAACUGAAGCUCUCAAACAUUGCAGACAGGGUGAACCUGGGACUGAUUCCCAGUUCUGAAGAAGGCUGGCCCAUUGCCUGCCAAGUGCUAAGACGGGAUGCAGGGGGCAUUUUGCAUAUACACCAAAAUGUGGAAUCUUACCCAGGCAAGAAUCUCCAGCCUCCUGGAAGCAGUGAAGUGGAGAAGGAGCAUCGGCCUUAUCCUCAGCAAAUUAUCACCAACCAGUGUACAAAUGGAGCAACCACGGGUUCUAGGAGAAGAAUGCUGUCAGCAGCCACCAAACCAGAGUGGCAGGGGUGGGCGGAAUCUGCAGAAACUCGUAUUGCCACCCUUCUUCAGCAGGUGCACGGGACACCAUGGAAGACACAAAUCCUGCACAUCCAACCAGUGAAAUCCUAUGCUCCCCACGUGGAUCAUAUAGUGUUGGAUUUGGAAUGCCGCCCCUGUCCUCUAGUUGGCUAGAGAAGGUGGAUCCUGAGACACAAGGAUCUACAUGCUCUAGAUCAGUACAAGUCAUCUUGUUUGUCUUCCGUUAACACAUUGAGAACGAACUACAUAUCUGGGAGAAGCAGUAUGGCUUAUUGAGAUGAGGCCUGUACAAUGAAUUCUGACCUCAGUCCUGUCUUACCUUGGGCACUGUGAUGAGGGCCAGAGACACAGUUUUCUCCAAGCACUUGCUGGAUUGGCCUGGUCAGGAAGAGGCAUCUAAUGGAACCAAGGAAAAAAGACUGAAAGGAUCAGGAGGCUCAUGGAGUGUUUGUCACCUCAGUCCAGGAAUGUGUGCUGAAGGCUUCCUUUGUGAGCGUCAGUAUUAGUUGCCGGGUAAGGCACCCACUUGAUGGAGAGGUUGUGAUUAAAAAACAGUAAUGAUAAUUUUAUUAAACUCCCUCAACCGUGAGUUGCUUGGUUCAUUAACUUCAUAAUUUAAAUAAAUUGUGUGCAUAUAUUGAUAUAGAGUGUAACAUAUACAUUUUAAACAUAAAAACAGAAAUUUAAAAUGA